AUUGGCUUCCACAUAUUUGCACAAUGUGAAAGUUUUGUUUGGGUUUUAUGAGUUUUUUUGCAGUGUAUAUUUAAAAACUUUUCCCAUUUUAACGUGGUUCAGUUUUUCGGUGUAUAAAUAAACCCGCUCAAGUGCUGUGCCUUCAGUCAGUGCCGGGAACCUUUUUUUGCAGUUUGUGAGUGUGUUUGUCUACUGCUGUGUUUACCGAACAUUUCUUUCGUUUGCAUCGUACCGGGAGAAAAAAGCAAUUUGAUAAUAAAAAAGAAGAAAACAGAAAACGACGCGCUUUCCAUGCCCACAACAGCUUUACCAUUGUCAACAGUUCUUCACAUCACCCCAGCAUUUGCAGCAAAUGCUAGUGCUUUGUUUAUUUUCAUUAAUACAUUGAACCAACACCGUCAUGGCAGCACAGAGAAGACGGGAUAAAAUAUUCCAACGCAAGAUCACGUAGAUAGCAACAGAAAACAAGCGCCUUUAAGCCAUUAUUUACCAUAGCAGUGAAAAUGCAGCUACGACUACGAGUUCAUGUUUUCGUAGUUAAAAACAUUGUGAAAAUGGGUGCAAUUGUAUCGAAUGCAGUAUCGACUGUUGUGAUGAAAAAUAAGAACACCUAAAAACAUCUGUUCCGGAUUCGCGGAUUAUAGUGUUCCGCGGCAGUGUAGAGAAAAGUGAAUGAUCGCAACAUAAAUAACGGAAUACGGAUUUUUUACCACCGUGCCAAACGAAAGCAGGUGGUGUGCAUUCUUCACGAACCAGAUAAUCUGCGGAUUGUUUCGAAUAAAUCUUCGCACCGUACAUCGGCGAUGAUGAACGAUUCUAAAAUUACGUCCACCGAGGCACCCGGGCUGCAUCAUCAGCUGCCGAUGCUAAUGUCGGAUGGGACGAUGAGCAAUAGCUCGUGGUCGGAUCUGUUGAACUACACCUUCGAAAAUGAGGCGCUCUACCACGUCAACACAUCGACCAUCGAGCGGAUCGUCUCUAUGAUGGUGCCGGUGUUCUUUGGUUUCAUUGGACUGGCUGGAUUACUCGGUAAUGGAUUAGUUGUGUUGGUGGUUGCCGCAAACCAGAGUAUGCGAUCGACGACCAACCUGCUGAUCAUCAACCUAGCUGCCGCCGAUCUGCUGUUCGUCGUAUUUUGCGUGCCUUUCACCGCUGUCGACUAUGUCUUGCCAGAGUGGCCAUUUGGCGAAUAUUGGUGCAAAUUUGUCCAGUACAUGAUCGUUGUCACGGCACAUGCCAGCGCGUACACGCUCGUCCUGAUGUCACUGGAUCGGUUCCUGGCCGUGGUACAUCCCAUUACCAGUAUGUCGAUUCGUACCGAACGGAAUGCUUCGAUCGCUAUCUGUUUGACGUGGUUUGUUAUCCUGACGACGGCCAUACCGGUGGCCAUCUCGCAUGGUGUGCUGUUCUAUCCAAGACAAGGUGGAUACUACACUGCAUGCCUUUUCCUGCACAAUGAAGGAUACAGUUUAGUUGCCUUUCAUGUGUCAUUUUUCCUGUCAUCGUACGUGGUACCUCUGUCACUAAUAUCGUUCCUGUACAUGGGCAUGCUGGCACGCCUAUGGAAAGGUGCCCCCGGAGGUCGUGCAUCAGCCGAAUCCAGGAGAGGCAAGAAGCGUGUAACCCGAAUGGUCGUUGUUGUGGUGUUGGUUUUUGCCUUCUGUUGGUGUCCCAUACAGGUGAUCCUGCUGCUGAAGUCACUGAAGCUGUACGAUCUGACCCACGCCAGCAUCAUCUUCCAGAUCGUGUCACACGUGCUGGCCUACACCAACUCCUGCAUCAACCCCGUACUGUACGCCUUUCUGUCGGACAACUUCCGGAAAGCGUUCCGCAAGGUCGUAUGGUGUGGUAAGCCACCGCCACCAACCAUCCCACCUGCCGCCCAAACCAAAACUACGCGCACCACCGGGAACGGCACAUCGAACGCGGAUGCCUUAUGAGCGGAGGAACCGGCCGUCGACGAGGGCAGAUUUAUGGUGGAGAAGUACAUCGAAAUCGCGAGCGUCUGAGAGACGGCCUCCCGGCGUCCUCCUGCCGCUUCCGUUGCUCGGGAGCGUUUUGAUUUUUUCUAAAACCAUCCGAACGGAGGCCAACGCCACAGCGAACCAGAGGUCUGUAAAUAUUAAUUUGUUUUGUUGUGUUGCUUGCAUGAGGGCAACGGACAACCAAACAGAACUAGAGCGGCUAGAUAAAUACACUUGCCCAAAUUUAAAGCAUCUUGCGAUCAACAAAUAGCAUUACCUCCUACCAGCACCCACACUACUAGUAGUAUGACGCGGGUGAAAAACUUUGGCGAUUAUUCUAGAGCGCUUCUGCGAAGAGCGCAGAAGAAUGCCAAACGCGUGCCGUAUCCAGGCGAUACCUCGAACACUCCACGAGACACCGCAGCUCUCGAGGUACCUCGUCCGACAGCCGAAGACCUCAGCUAUCAGCCCCCUGAGUUCUUCGGACACGGAGGCCUGUCUGAGCUCGUGGUGGUCGUGGACUGUCGCUAUCCGUCCUUCCGUCCUUCCUUCGCCCAGCGUCCUCCCAACGGCCCCGUUGCUCCAGACAGGUUUAUCGGAAUGCUCGCUAAAUCGUGGUGGAAUACUGCGGCUGAUUGAUUUGAGCGGCCAACCGGUGGCGAUUGAUUGCGUCAAACAAUCUCCACACGGAGAGCACACCUUCCUGCUUCCACGGUUGCACCGCAAUUCUGCAACUAAAUGUAACAUCUUCCCUGGAGGAGGUCUAUGAGCGCAUUAGAAGGUAGCAAGUAAACAAACAAACAAACGUACGCAGUUACUGUCGGGAACCACCAUUUACGCCCGGAUUGUUCCAGUAAAAUCUGUGGCUGACAUGAACGAGUGACAGUUGUGUUGUGAUGUGCGGACCGUGACUCACACGAUUUCAUUACGUGCUCCCACUACCGCCCACUGGGAGCAUGUAAUGACAUUGUUUCAGGGGUCGAGCCAAGGGCCGGCGAAAUUGGAAGUGAUAACGCCGACCUAAUCCGCGUCUCCCGGAUUUCUAAUCAGUACGGCUAAACGCUUCCGGGGAGCGCUCAGAACGGGAGACUAAUGGUUUUUGGUAUGGUACCAUCAGCAAGCAGUCGGAGCGCUGGGACGUGACGUUUGAUUUGGUGUGACGCCGAAGCGCCGGCUACGGGCAGCAGAUCGAUGAUUUCUAAUUAUAAGCCUAUUAAGUAGUAAAAGUCUACUGUCUGCAUCCAGCAGCGCCAAACCGCCCGAACGAGAUAAUCGCACGAGAUGAAGUUCCUGCUUAAUGAUUAGAAUAUAGCCCUCCCGGGUGCUAAGGAAGCGUGCUCCCAUUAGCAAAUCGCACGCAGCAAAUGGUCACGAACCGAAAAGUGAUUUGCCUAUCGACGCAGCGUACGAUUGAUGGUCAUUAAUUGCCGCUAGCUAUUACGUCUAAUUUCGUUCCGAAUGCUCAAACAGCCGAAUUCGAACACACUAAACCUGGUGCUAAAUGAUGUGUAAAACAGGUCCCACUGACAUGAAGUCACAGUCCGAAAUUAUCUGCAGGUGUUGUGUGCCAUGUUCCGUGUGCGGAAGUCGGGUACGCAAGAUUUCCAGCGCUCCGCAUCUUGUUGAUUCCUGCAUCCAUUUCGCGACAACCUGCUGGGGCAAUGGCGCAUUUUAUGGUGCCACAGAUCAUUAGCUCGUGCUCAUCAUUGUUUGCCACAAUACCCGUGGUGCGCGAGCUGACGUCAGCGAUGGACUGAUGUUUCAUCUGAUCGUACAUAAACAACCUGCCCGCGAUACUGGACGAUUUGGUGGACGAGAAGAACUGAAGUCCAUUACACGCACCAUGGGAGAUGGGAGAGAAAGUAGAUAUUAAUUUAAUACAAACACGCAUUCCGAUGUGCGUGUGUCUAAAAGUUUAAACAUCUACCAGUACAUUUGUUACGCUCCAGUCAAGUGUCCGUGAGUGUAAAUAUGCCAACCACAAUGUUCUAAAAGCACUUCAAACUUCUGUUAUUGGUUGUUGUUAAAAUACUAGGUAAAGAUGGCAUCUUCUGGUCAUCCUGUCGGACCUGUUGCAAAUUGAGGAAGCGAUAUCGGAAUGUUUUGCGAUGCAAGGAGUGCAUUAAAAAGAUCUUUUCUGUUUAAGAUAAGCGUAAGAAAGUUUUUAUAUGUAAGAAGAUCCAUUUUAUCUAACACUGGUUAUAUCAACUAUUAACUAAGCUACCAACUCAACUGAUCGCCAUUAAACAAUUGUGUAGUAUAACUAUGCAAACAUCAUUUUGUCUGGAAUGUAAUAUAUUUCAACUUCAAUAUGCUGUAAAUCUGUCUCUCUCCUUUAUAUCAUCGUAAAAAUGAGGAGCAGAAAUCUAAUGUGUACAAAAAAAUGUGUGUUUCGAUAUGAUGUUACAAAAAAACACAAUAAAAUCUCAAUUUUUACACGUCAUUCA